AUGGGUUGUGUAGCGAGUAAAAAGGAAACAAAUUCUCAAGCAUUGAGGAUUUCUACUGUUACUGAGAUCAAAGUCCAGCCUUCAAGCUUUAUAGUUGAAAAUGAGCACAGGUUUCAAGAUGUUUAUAAACUAGGCAAAAAAAUAGGAUCUGGAGCAUUUGGAGAUGUCAAGCUAUGCUCCCACUUGAUAACAGGUGCAGAACGUGCUGUUAAAAUAUUUCGAAAAGAUCUAGCAGUAGAACCCGAUAAACAAAGAAUCCUUAUAAACGAGCUUGACACUCUUAAAAUAUUGGAUCAUCCCAAUAUAAUCAGAAUAUACGAGUUUUUCGAAGAUUCAAUGAGAUUUUAUAUCGUAAUGGAAAAUUGUAAAGGUGGAGAAUUAUUUGUAGAAAUUAUUAAGAGACAGAACUUUAAUGAGCUUCAAGCUGCACAAAUAAUGUGCCAGUUAUUUUCUGCAGUUUUAUAUCUUCAUGAAAAUGGGAUAGUUCACAGAGAUAUAAAGCCAGAAAAUAUUUUACUUGAGGAAGAGGGUGAUAUUUCCAACAUAAAGCUGAUUGAUUUUGGAUCAAGUACACGAUUUAUUAAGGGCCAAUUAAUAAAAGGAACACUGGGGACAACUUAUUAUAUUUCUCCAGAAGUUCUUUCUGGAACAUAUAAUGAGAAAUGCGACAUGUGGAGCUGUGGGGUGAUUCUUUACAUUCUAUUGUGUGGGCAUCCUCCUUUUGAUGGAAAAAAUGAUGAAGAAAUCAUUGAGUGCGUAAAGAGAGGAAAAUUUACUUUUAAAGGGGAAAUAUGAAGAUCAGUUUCUAAUGCAGCUAAAAAUAUGAUUUCUGAAUUACUGUGCCUAGCUUCGAUGAGGUUGUCAGCUUCUCAAGCGCUUUCUCAUCCUUGAAUGACAAGAAAUGCUUCAUUAUCAUCUCCUGAUCCUGAAUUAAUUCAGUCAGCCCUAAUGAGUCUUCAGCAGUUUCAUGCUUCAAGUAAGUUAAAAGAUGCAAUAAAUGCUUUUAUAACAACUCAGUGCAUUUCUCUGAAAGACACAAAAAUGUUACGUAACAUUUUUCAAGCCAUCGAUACAAAUCAUGAUGGAAAGUUGAGCAGAGAAGAGCUAAUGGCUCAAUUCAUGAAAAUUAUGGGCGAUGAAGCAGCUGAUGAAGAGGUCAAAAGAAUUAUGGCAGAGGUCGAUACUGAUCAUAAUGGAUUUAUAGAUUAUUCUGAAUUUUUAAAAGCAGCAAUGGAUAGGAAAAUUUUGGAAUCAUCAGAAAAUAUGAAGCUCGCAUUCGAUGCAUUUGAUAAAGAUGGAAAUCAAUCCAUUUCUGCACUAGAAGUAAAGAGAAUGCUGGAAGGAAAAGCUUCUUCAGAAGAUAAAGUUUGGGCUACUAUUAUUGGAGAAGUUGACGAAAAUAAUGAUGGAGAAAUUGAUUUUAAUGAGUUCCAAAAAAUUGUACUUAGCCAUGUGUAA